AUGAGUAACCCGGAGAAAAUGAAAGUGGAUGAUGAGACUGAGAAUGAGAAGAAAGAUUCCUCCGAUGAGCAAUGGAGUGGUGAUGAAGAAUCAGCCAUGAGAGAAAUCGUUCUCGGUCUCCCUGCUUUAUCAAUCAGCAGCGCAACCUUCGGUGUUAGUAGCGCCGUUGAUGAAGAGGCAGAGGCGCUUCUGAAUGAGCAAGCGGUUGUUGCUGCGGAGUUGGUUAUCGCUGCGGCAGCGGAAGCGGUGAUGAAAGAGAAGAGCGAUGGGAAGAAGGAGAAAGUGAGAAGGCAGAGAAAGAACCUAAAAAAUGACGACGAAGCGGGUGGUUCGGGUAAAGGAGGAGAAGUGAAAAAGCCGAGGAGGAAGACUUCGGAGUUCACUAACCUCCCGAGAGGACCACCGGUUUGUAACGUCUGUGGAAGAGGGUUUCAUUCGUGGAAGGCUGUGUUUGGACAUCUGAGGUCUCAUAAAGACAGGAACUACAGAGGGUAUCUCCCUCCUCCUAUAUUCACUGCGCCGAUAAGGGGAGUGAUCAUGAUUCCAGGACCAAACUCUGCUUUUGUUCGUGUUGUUCCUCGAGGAGAGAGCUCUGGUGGGGUUGUUCCCGCGGCCGGUGGUGUUGUUGCUUCUGGUAGUGGUGGUGCUACUGGUGGAGAAGGUGGGAAAGGUUUAGGGAUCGAUGUGAAUGUGGAUCGUGUGGAGGAAGGUAACGAGGAAGUGACUGAAUCUGGAAGCAUAGCAAAGUUUGAUCUUAAUAAGUCACCACCAAAAGAGGAUGAGGAAGAGGAAGAGGACAAAGCCAAGUGA